GUUUCUGCGGUGACGAUGGCCAAAAAAAAAAUCGAAAUCGUCCUCGCGCAAAUUCGUCGCAAACGUCUCAGGAUCGAGGCUGAGCGCUGAGCUGUGCUCUAGUGCGCAUGCGCGGCGCGUCAGAUCCGGGCCUGCGGAAGGAUGAAUGUAAAUGUCAAAGAUGGCGGCGGAGGGAGGAGGGAAGGAGAUGAACGAGAUCAAGAGUCAGUUCAGCACGCGGGAAGGCGCGUAUAAACUCCUCACGCACUCCGAAUACAGCCGGCCGAACCGCGUGCCCUUCAACUCUCAGGGCUCGAACCCCGUCCGAGUCUCGUUCGUCAACGUCAACGACCAGUCCGGUAACGGCGACCGAAUCUGCUUCAAUGUGGGCCGGGAGCUGUACUUCUACAUCUAUAAAGGCGUCAGGAAGGCUGCUGACCUGAGCAAACCCAUAGACAAGAGGAUAUACAAGGGAACGCAGCCCACGUGCCACGACUUCAACCACCUGACGGCGACGGCGGAGAGCGUGUCCCUGCUGGUGGGAUUCUCCGCCGGACAGGUGCAGCUCAUCGACCCCAUCAAGAAGGAGACCAGCAAACUCUUCAAUGAAGAAAGACUUAUCGACAAAUCUCGGGUCACGUGUGUGAAGUGGGUCCCGGGCUCCGAGAGCCUCUUCCUAGUAGCUCAUUCCAGCGGAAGCAUGUACCUGUAUAACGUGGAGCACACGUGCGGCACCACGGCGCCUCACUACCAGCUGCUGAAGCAGGGCGAGAACUACGCCGUCCACACGUGCAAGAGCAAGUCGACGCGCAACCCCCUGCUCAAGUGGACGGUCGGCGAAGGGGCGUUGAACGAGUUCGCCUUCUCGCCCGACGGCAAGUUCCUGGCCUGCGUGAGUCAGGACGGCUUCCUGCGGGUCUUCAACUUCGACGCGGUGGAGCUGCACGGGACCAUGAAGAGCUACUUCGGGGGCCUGCUGUGCGUCUGCUGGAGCCCCGACGGGAAGUACAUCGUGGCGGGCGGCGAGGACGACCUGGUGACCGUGUGGUCGUUCGCGGACUGUCGGGUGAUCGCGCGCGGACACGGGCACAAGUCUUGGGUGAGCGUGGUGGCGUUCGACCACUACACCACCAGCGUGGAGGAGAGCGACCCCAUGGAGUUCAGCGGCAGCGACGAGGACUUCCAGGAUCAGAUCCACUUCGGCCGCGACCGGGCCAACAGCACGCAGUCGCGUCUGUCCAAGCGCAACUCCACGGACAGCCGGCCGGUGAGCGUGACGUACCGCUUCGGCUCCGUGGGGCAGGACACUCAGCUGUGCCUGUGGGACCUGACGGAGGACAUCCUGUUCCCGCACCUGCCGCUGUCCCGGACGAGGACGCACACCAACGUCAUGAACGCCAGCGGCCCGCCGGCCACGGGGAGCGGAGGAAGCGGCGGCGGCGGCGCCGUCAUCACCGCGGCCUCCAACAACCCCAGCGCCAACGGCAGCAACGGCGGCGGCGGAGGCUCGAACCCGCCGAGCAACUCGCUGCCCGCGCCGCUGCCGCGCUCCAACAGCCUCCCGCACUCGGCCGCCGGCACCGGCAACAGCAAGAGCGGCGUCACGGACAACCCCAUCGCCACGGGCGUCAGCAAGUUCGCCACGCUCUCGCUGCACGACCGCAAAGACCGGCAUCCCGACAAAGACCACAAGCGCAACCACAGCAUGGGCCACAUCAGCAGCAAGAGCAGCGAUAAACUCAACCUGCUAACCAAAACCAAAACGGACCCCGCCAAGACUCUGGGCACGCAGCUGUGCCCGCGCAUGGAGGACGUGCCCUUGCUCGAGCCGCUCAUCUGUAAAAAGAUAGCGCACGAGAGACUCACCGUGCUCAUCUUUCUAGAGGACUGUAUAGUCACCGCGUGUCAGGAGGGAUUUAUUUGCACGUGGGCGAGACCCGGCAAAGUGGGGUUGUUGUCAUCCCAAAACCAAGCCAACUCUCCCAGUGGAACAGUAGUAUAGCCACAAUAUUUCUGCUGCUAUGAGAUCCGCAUCACGCCGCGCCGGCGUCUCCGCUCAGAACACAUUGGUUUUCUUCCUCUCCUUUCCCUUUCGGUUCUUCUGUCGUUCCGGAGGCCCGUGUUCGCAGUGAACGUGCUGAAUCUGUGCGUCCGUGGAAAGGCUGUACCGCGGCCACGGGGUUCCUUUGAUUUCUUCUGUUCUCCCAGAGUAUUUAUUUGAAUAGUUUUGUUGUUUUCACUCUCAAAUGCAUCUCACUGUGUUGUUUUGUUUUUUGUUUUUUCCCUCUCUCUCGUGUAUUUCAAGCUUGCCUAAGGUGUGGGAAAUCAUUGAAUCCAGGGUGGAAAAGCAGUCGUCUUGAACUCAGUUUGCUGAGAAAGACCUAGUGUGGUCCAAAACCGCUCGAGACUCGCGUCCAUCCCAGAUCCUUUUAUUCUGAGCUUUUAUUUUCACCCUCUUUCAUGUGGAACAGAUUCGACCCCCGCUGUUGAAAACUUUGCACUGAUUUUAUUUUGGUUUUUUUUUUUUUUGUUCAGGUUUUUUUUUUUUUUGGUAACUACUAUAAAGGAUCAAAAAAGACAAAAAAGAAAGAAAUAGAUGUUCGGGGAAGGCCUUGGUGCACUUGGCUUUAAUAUCCUCUGUCUUGAAAUCUGAAUCUGAAAAGCUGGAUGCUGCAAUCAUAGUUUUUUAAAGAAAAUUUGUUUGCACUUAAUAGUUUAUUAGAAGAGAAUGGCUUUACAUUUUUGUGUGCAAGGACUCACAGACCGGUAUAAUGUGGAGAAUUAUGAUUAAAACUUUGUAUCUAUUGAGCAUUUAUUUUAAUAUUGUUUCAGAUAAAAAUCUGCUUUGUAUUAUAUGUAUAAUAUUGUAAUUCAGUGAUUUAUUGGGGCAAAAGCAAAUGAUCAGUAACUCUAGUGGACGUUUGUCAUCAUUACAGGAAAUAGUGACAUUUCUAAAAUAGACAUAAUAAUAUUAAAAAUAACCUUAAAUAUGCAGGUUUCUGUUGGUUUUCGUUUGGUUUUCCUUGUCUCUUGUACAGAAGUCACCCAAAUGUAUUUUGAUAUAGGAGAUUUAUGUAUGAGAAAAGCUCAAACGCUUGCCUGUUGUUACGGAUUCACCAACGUGGCGUCGGCUCUGCUAAUCAAACGUAUGAAGCUCAGGAAGUCUAGCAGACGAAGAAAACAAACCUUUCGGAAGAGUUUCCACAGUUCGUAUUUUGCUUACCGACGGCAAAUUUAUUCUGUGUACUACUAAAAAAACAACAAGAAGCCACUAGAGCGACUCGGUUUGAAGUCGAUCAGUAGAAUCUCACAGUGUGACACUAUUAAACGUUUAACCUUCCCUUUUCUGUGACUACCAAUCAUUGUUAACGAAAUAUACACUAACCGGGAAAGAUGAGGAAGUGCUCAUAUUUUUGAUUCAUGUGGUUAACAUUUUGCAUUUCACAUUUUGUUCUUCAUUAAAAAAAAGUCCAUGA